AUGCCCCGCAUCGCACGCUCCCUGCGCGCCGUCCCCUCUCCCGCGCCCAAGCCCAUCUCCAACUCGUUUGCGAUCCGCACGACACUCGCGUGCGCACCACGAGCAGCCCAGCCGAGCAUCCUGUUCCGUCCGUCCAGUGCACCGAGCUUCCUCUCCCCACUGCGACCCUCUCUCUCGCCCUUCUCCGCCCCGUCUCCCUUGACCGCAUCCUCAUCAUCCCCGAUCCUCUCGCUCCUCGCCUCGCGACCUGCCGCCGCUGCGCCCCAGCAAAAACGAUUCGCAACCUACGGACAAGAGUACCAGCCGAGCACGCUCAAGCGCAAGAGGAAGCACGGGUUCUUCAAGCGUCUGAGGACCAAGGCUGGACGCAACGUUCUUCGACGGAGGUUCUCCAAGGGCAGGAAGUACUUAUCGCACUGA